UAAAUUAUGUGAAAAAUACUGUGUUUUUUUACACGCGAAACAUGAACACAUGUUAUAUUGCACACUAUAAACACAAUCAAAGCUUCAAAAAAACCACGAAAAACGGGACCUUUAAGGUACAAAGGUAAAAAGGUACCAAUAUGUACCUUUAAGGUACAAAUACGCACCAUUUAGGCCCUACUAGGGGUAAGGUACAAAGGUGUACCUUUUCACUUUUGUACCUUAGGGUACUGCCCCAGUGACAAGCACAGUACCUUUUUUCUGACUGUGUUUAAGCUUGUAUAUCUACACAGGAUUUUGGACUGCAGUACUACAGUCAUCUAUUCAGCACAAUGAGCGUUCACUUUGGAAAUUCCUGUACAGAAUGUUGUGUUUCCUUUUUUUAUGGAAUUCAAAACAUCAAAUUAAUAUUGUGUUAAUAACAGCAAGCUAGUCAUGCAUUAUUUUGGUAAAUUAGGAAUGAAUUAAGAGUAAUAAAUCUUGUUGAGAUUGUGUUGUGUGUGCUCUCUCUGUAAGCAACAGGUCUUUGGGUUUCAUUUGCAUGGGAGAAAACAAAUGCAACAAACAUCAUCUGCGUAAUCAGAUUUGAAUUAAUAUGCUUGCAUACCAGAAAGAAACCUCCAUGUGGUUUCAUGACACACAACUGUGUUAAAUCUAGCAAUGCAUUUCCUGGUAUGGAAAAAGCUACAAAUAUUUCAACUAAAAGUAAGAAUGCAAAGAGAAAAAUACUUAAAUUGCAAGAAUUUUAAACUAUAAGUUAAAUGUAAAAUGAUUACAUUCCCUAUGUGCACCAAAGCCUUUAAGAUGUCAUUUCUAUUGCUAAUUUUGAGAAAUUAAAUGUUGUCAGGCACAAUUACUCUGUGUGAAGGCGAUGCUUCAGUAAAUCAAAAAACAAUGUUUCUUAUACCUCUUGUCUAACUAUGAUCACCUCAGACCAGCACUCAGAACAGGAACACGAAAUAAAAGUUCAAAAACUGUCUAAUAUUAGUUUUUAUUUUAUUUUAUUGAUUCUUUUAAUUCAUUUCUGGUUCUAUUAAAUUCUAUUUUGGUCAUUUUAUUAAUUGCAUUUUUAUGGGCAAAGUCAUAUUGUUUCAAAGCUUAACAAAGACUAGUGCCUUAUAAAACCCCCAGAAAGCAAGGCAGUAAUAUUAAAGGUAAUAUUGAAAUUUAUUGUUUAAUUAUAUUACAAUGAUUAUAAUUACUUUCAGUAACAAUGGGUCAAUGAAAUGAAUCAUUUUUACAUGGGCAAUGACAGUGGAAUGUUUUGUAGAUUUGAAGGUGCCUAUAAAGAAACUGAGUUUCAAAAAUAGACCUUCUCAAUAAAGUUGGUGAGCUUGUGAGUUUAGAUCACACUUCAGAUCACAGAUUUGUGCCUGAGAGAAACCUCAAGAUAGUUCAGUUUAGAAAAACAUUUCCUGAACUGGAAAUUAGCUAAUCGUGCAAACCAGACUAGUCUAAAAAUAAUAUUUAGAAAACAUGUCUUAUUUUAUUGAUGCAGGAUAGCCUAAAAUGAAUGGGUUUAUUAGAUCUAUUUAAACCAUGAACAAACAGAAGAUUUUAAAAAACAUGAAUUCUUUCUUAUGAGUUAGAUUUGUAGAUAUUUGUUCAUAAAUAAAUAAAUAAAUAAAAAAUAGUGCUAGAUAAUACAGUAUUUCUCUGCAUGAACAUUUUGUUUAAAAUUCACACACUGGUUGUUUUCUAUGAGAGAUUUCUGAAUUUUGCACCGCCCAUUAAAAGUUACUGGCUAGUUGAAUCUUCAAACUCUUCAGAGUGCAUCAUUUUAUCUGAGACACUGGAAAGAAGAAUCAUGCUACUUGCGCCUUUUAAAAUCUUUAUUUUGAUGUGUGGAUUUUGUUCACGAUUCCACGCUAUUGAAUAUCCACGGAAUAAAACUGCCCAAACAGAAGUUCAGCGUGGCGUUGAUGUGUCUUUGCGAUGUGAGGUCUCUUUCCUGUCUGAAUCCUCAACAUUGCAGUGGGAGAAAGACGGACAACAAACAUCCAACACCACUCUACUGUACAACAACUCUGCCUACAUCAUCUUACACACCGUUGAUAAACACAAUGAGGGGAAAUAUUACUGUAGAUUGAUGGAAAAUGGAACAGUAAAAACUGUUAGGAAUUACUUGCUUACUGUCAGUUCAAAUUCAUAUAAUAAAAAUAAUACAAUUUACAGACAAAGCUCUAAUAAUAGUGACGUAUCACUGAUCUGCAAGUCUUCCAGGAAGUACGAGAGCUGGAAAUGGACCUGGGAGCCGAGGCCUGAUUCACAGAUCAUUGAUCUGAUAGCAGUUGAAAAAGGAAGUGAAGUUCAAGUAAAAGGACCAAUUAAACCAGGAAGACUUUCUUCAACCACUUACAAUGAUCAACUUUUUACCUUUCACAUCUCACCUGUGAACUUUAAUCAUAGUGGGGCAUACAGGUGUAUUACAAAUGAUCAAAAGAUUCCCUACACAACCACAAUGCUACACACCAUCAGAGUCUCAGUGGAGCCCCCUGAUGGUGUGUUGAGGACUCAGUCAGUGAUUCUUACCUGUGAAGUUUCUGAAGUGACUGAUUCAGUGACGCUGGUCUGGCUCAGGAUGGAGGGGAACAGAGGAGUUCUGGAAAAACAGCAAAUUAUGACUGAAAACAAGCUACAACUCACAGUGAAUCUAUCCAGCUAUGAAACAGACCCGCUGCACUGGCAGUGUGCAGUUUUUACUGAGAAUGAACUCAGAGCUCUGGCCCCUAUAACAAUCAGUCUUUCCUCAUCAACUACUAAUGCUCCAAGUACAUCAACAGAAACCUCUGUAACAAACCAAGAAGACAUCAUGACACAGGACAGUCAUCUACAGAUGGUGAUCAUCAUGGCGUGUGCUGUCACUGGCGGUGUGCUGAUUCUGCUGCUGGGACUUCUAGUUUUUAAACGUCAGCGAAAAACAGGAGCUGACAGCUGGUUUAAAAUCAGUCAUGCAAGUUCAGAGGUCAGCUAUGAAACCCCUUCUCUCAUAAACAUUUCAGAAUGUCAUUUUGAUUUGCUAAUGAUACAUGAUUUAUUUGUGAUUUACAGUAAGAGUACACUUUUUAAGCUUGUAUAUCUCAACAUCUACAGGAUAUGUUGGACUGCAGUACUACAGUCAUCUAUUCAGCUAGUACAGCUCAGUGAGCCUUAACACUGGAAACUCCUGUACAGAAUCUUGUAGCCUAUUUCCUUUGGAGAAAAAAAAAAAAAAAUUGAAUGGAAUUGAAAA